ACCCUUCCCAGUAAGUUUUCAACAAAGAAGGGAGGGGGUGUUUUUUUAGCCUUACAGGACACAUGGAGUUACCGUGGUAUGCAGAAGCCGCAGGCUGUCAUUGAAGGGUUGAUCACUGACUGAUGCAUGGAUUGUAAGGGUGUGGGUGGCCUGGCCUAUCUGUCAGAUGGGAUUCAGCCGAUCGAUGGGGGUAUGUGGAGAUGCUCGAUGGGCUAACCGAUGAGAUCGUCGGAUCAUUGAACCAUGACGUUGAGAAACCGUUUCCUAAUGCGUCGUAUCAUUCCUCUGAUUUGGGACCACUUGCUGACCUUUGAUAUAAAGGUUUGGAAACUUCCAUGUUCCUGAAGUUAUUCCUCAUUCUUUCACCACUCACCCACUGGUGCUUUUCUGGGGUUCUUCUUAUCUAUUGUCUUUUAUGAAUAUCUCUUUAUAGGGUAUAUCCUUCCCCACAGACCCACAUACCUUGAUUGUGGCAGAUACCUAUUAUCUGAAGACGCCUGCUCCUCAGUCAUGGCGUCAAACGACCCUUAUAACAAGCCCUCAGAUCCAAGCAUAAACCCUGAAAAGCUUUCAGAAGAAAAGAAAGAUAGCUUAGAUCAGGAGGGUAAGAGCACGAGUCCUUCUCGCCAACCCGCGCCCUUCCAUGCUGAACAUGCCUCGCAGUCAGACCAUGAUAGCGAGGAGCAUGGCAAGUUCCGCGGAGAUGGAAAACGAGAGUUGACAGAGGACGACUGCUACGAGAAAUUGGGAUUUUGCUUCCCCUGGUACAAAAAGUGGGCUAUCCUCACCGUUGUCUUCACGGUGCAGAUGUCCAUGAACUUCAACAGCAGUGUGUAUCCAAAUGCCGUUACACCACUUUCGGAGCACUUUCACGUUAGUGAGCAAGCUGCUCGAGUGGGGCAGAUGAUCUUCUUGGUUGCCUACGCCUUUGGAUGUGAGUUGUGGGCGCCAUGGAGUGAAGAGCUCGGCAGGUGGCCUAUCAUGCAGCUCAGUUUGUUUCUGGUGAAUAUUUGGCAGAUCCCCUGUGCCCUAGCUCCCAACUUUGGAACUAUUGUUGUCGGUCGCUUUCUCGGUGGCCUGAGCUCAGCGGGCGGUUCGGUCACCCUAGGCAUGACUGCAGACAUGUGGGAGCCAGAUGACCAAGGCUUUGCUGUGGCCUAUGUGGUGUUGUCCUCUGUCGGUGGUACCACAAUCGGCCCUAUAUUUGGUGGAAUGAUUCAGCAGUGGCUGGACUGGGAAUGGAACUUUUGGAUCCAGCUUAUCUUCGGCGGAGUUACUCAAUUGAUGCACUUCUUCCUGGUUUGCGAGACUAGAUCGACCAUUCUUAUCGACCGAGAGGCAAAACGUCGUCGCAAGACUGGUGAAGAUCCCAAUGCCUACGGACCAAACGAGCUAAAGACUCCCCGAUUUGACGCCAAGGAUAUUCUACGUAUAUGGGCCCGGCCUUUUGAAAUGUUUUUAAGAGAACCUAUCGUGCUCUUCCUCUCUCUGCUGUCUGGUUUCUCUGAUGCCCUCAUCUUCACGUGCAUCGAAUCUUUCAACCUUGUUUUCAAACAAUGGGGAUUCAAUGCUCUUCAAAUCGGACUCUGCUUUAUCUCUAUCGUCAUCGGAUAUCUUGUCGCGUACGGCAUCUUCCUCCCCGACAUUUGGCGUCAGCGUAAGAUUAGACAGAGCCAUGGCAAUGCAGCUCGACUACCUGAGCGCCGUCUCUUGUUACUUCUCUUUAUUGCACCGUUGGAGACGAUUGGGCUAUUCGGCUUUGCCUGGACAUCAAUGGGUCCGGAGUAUACCCACUGGAUUGUGCCCUUGGUUUUUGUUUUCCUGAUUGCCAUUGCCAACUACGGGAUCUACAUGGCAACCAUUGACUACAUGGUUGCCGCAUAUGGGCCCUACUCCGCAUCCGCCACUGGAGGCAACGGGUUUGCCCGUGAUCUCCUCGCAGGGCUGUCUGCAAUGUACGCGACCCCAAUGUACAAGAACAUCGGUGGCAAGUUCCAUCUACAGUAUGCCAGUACGGUCCUCGCCUGUCUCGCAGUUCUCGUGACGAUUCCUAUAUAUAUUUUCUAUUGGAAGGGACCUGAGAUUCGUGCGAGCAGUAAGUUUGCCCAGACCCUGGAGGCAGACCGCGCACAGCACGCAGGCCGCCGGGCCAGUCAUCUCGGCGCAGAUGAGAAGCCUUACAGCGCCUGAAACCGGUUUGCUUUCUCGACUAUGGAUCUUUUUUUCCCUAUGUCUCUAUUGUAUCGAUAUGAUUCCCAUUCUACAUUGUUAUUUAAAGCAUUUUUUUAGCGGUGUUUAGAUAAGACUUCUAGGGUGGAGUGGGUCUUGUCGGAGCGGCCGGUCAAACGACUGAUGAC